CACCCAUUUAACCGGUUCCGAAACAACUGUAGAGCAUUCUGACGCUGACAUGCAGCAAAUCGGUGGCGUUGGAUCGGUGGUGAAAACAGAGGUUGUCGCAGAAGGUUCGGAAGAGGAUUAUCAAUCGAGUCAAACGGUUUCUAAUUUACAACAGAUAAGUAGUACAUACGAUUAUAAUCUCCAUGACGAUUUGUUUGAGGCAGAGGAAGAAUCGCUGGAAACACUUUUGAAACGUGAACCAAUGGACGACCAGCAGCAGGAUCAGCCAUCAGAUACUGAGCUGAAACAUGAGCAUAAUAUUCUCAAAACGGAGCCAAUCGAUGUCGAAGGGGAAGCUUCUGUGGCAGGGAAGACCAUCACAGGUCCUGACGACCCAGCAUCAUUUUCAGAUCACAACAAUUUGGUUAUCAAAUAUGGCACCGAAGCCCCUAAAUGGAAUCAAAAGGAUCCUAAUAGUGAAGAAAAAUCAGGACACCCAGGUAACCAAUCUGUCUCCGCAGUUGGCGAGCGGCGACUGUUGAGGUCAAAUAAACGGCGAAGUUCCCAAAAGGAUAUCGCCGCUGCAGAGUUCUUAGUGUCUAAAAAGCAAAACUCAAAAGUUAAUCGUAAUGUGCAUAAAAACAAGCAAAAGCACCAGUGCCCCCAUUGCUCCGGUACGUAUCCUAACACAUCCAAGCUGAAGAUUCACAUCCACACUCAUACAGGCGAAAAGCCAUUCCCUUGUAAAGUCUGUGGUAAAACGUUCCAUACGGCACGCAACCAACGCGCUCAUGAGCAAAUUCACAACAAGGACCAACAUAAGUGUCCUCAUUGCCCUGGCAAAUUCGCACUGCAAUCCUAUCUUAAGGAUCACAUUCGGACUCACACUGGCGAAAAGCCGUUCAUGUGUAAAGUCUGUAGCAAAACGUUCCAUGCGGCAAGCAGCCUGCACGCCCACAAGAAAAUUCACAACAAGGACCAACACAAGUGUCCUAAAUGCCCUGACAAAUUCGCACUGCGAUCCCGUCUUAAGGAUCACAUUCGGACUCAUACCGGCGAAAAGCCAUUCAAAUGUAAAGUCUGCUGCAAAACGUUCCAUGUGGCAAGCAGCCUGCACGCCCACAAGAAAAUUCACAACAAGGACCAACACAAGUGUCCUAAAUGCCCUGAUAAAUUCGCACUGCGAUCCCGUCUUAAGGAUCACAUUCGGACUCAUACCGGCGAAAAGCCAUUCAAAUGUAAAGUCUGCAGCAAAGCUUUCCAUGCGGCCCGAUACCUGCACGUCCACAAGCAAAUUCACAACAAUGACCAACAUCAGUGUCCUCAUUGCCCUCGCAAAUUCGCACGGCAAGAUCAACUUCAGGAUCACAUUCGGACUCACACCGGCGAAAAGCCAUUCCCUUGUAAAGUCUGUAACAAAACGUUCCAUGUGGCACGGAACCUGCGCACACAUAUGCAAAUUCACAACAAGGACCAACAUCAAUGUCCUCAUUGCUCUGACAAAUUCGCACUGCGAUCCCGUCUUAAGGAUCACAUUCGAACUCAUACCGGCGAAAAGCCAUUCGAGUGUAAAGUCUGCGGCAAGACGUUCCAUGCGGCAGUCAACCUGCGCGUCCACAUAAAAAUUCACAACAAGGACCAACACCAAUGUCCUCACUGCCCUGACAAAUUCGCACGGCAAUCCUAUCUUAAGGAUCACAUUCGGACUCAUACCGGCGAAAAGCCAUUCCAGUGUAAAGUCUGUGGUAAAAAGUUUCAUGUUCAAAAAAACAUGCAGAGACAUAUGAAAGUUCAUAACAAGGACCUGCGACAGUCUGCUAAGCAUCAACAACCUGAAAAAUGUCAAUAA